GCCGCUGGGAAACAGAGCGGCGCGAGGGCCCCCGACCUACCCGCCAUCUGCUUCGUCGACCAGCGCCGCCACUGUGAAUUCGACCAAAAGCAUUCUCGACUACAUGCGGUAGCUGUCGCCACGCACGGCAAAACACUGCGCGCGCCUUGCAUGUUGACAACACAGCCACAGCUUCUGGCUCUGCCGGGGCCCGAUCAAAUUCGGGCCGGGCCGACCGAGGGAGCGAGGCCAGGCCGUGCGGCUACCUGGAACGCUCGGCGGGAAAGAAGCAGGGCGCGGCGUAAAUUGCAAGCGGCCCCCAGCGGCGGGUCCCGCAGCGACAUCUGUAGCGAGACCAGCCUCGGCCCUCCUGCAGGCUUGAAGGAC